CGUCGUAAUCAACAAACGGUGUCUGAAACUGGUAAUGUAAUCUCAAAUUUGUGCUCACACAUUAACUACAGUUCUAUCAAGCAGGAAAGUCAUCAAAACGAUUUCAAAUUUUCGCAGAAAGAAAACCCAUAAUCAUCCAUAGACAGCAUGACAAUUAUGCUUCUGAUUUUGAUCGGCAUAGCAUUCCUGACGUUUUCCGAAGAAAAACACAUUUCGUUUAAUGUACCUGUAGCAACAAAAAAGGAAAUCGCCAACAAACGUCCAACGUUUGAAGAUUACAAAGGGCAACGAAACAGCUUCAUUCUGUCGGAAGAACAUCACUUCUUAGGAGCCAACCUGACCCUGACCGAUGACGAACAGACCGUCAACAAGUAUAUCAUGCGUUUGAAGCAGCAGGAGCUUGCCGAGGGCUUCAACGAUAGCUACAAUUUCAUCCCGGCUAGGCACUACUUUGAAAUGUUGGAUCGUUUCGACAAUUCCAAACUGUUCCGAAUCAUCCGGCGGCUUCCCAAAGGAGGAGUAUUGCAUGCUCAUAGCACGGCCCUCGGUAGUGUUGAACUGAUAGUGAAUGCCACCUAUCGCGAGAACCUCUGGCAGAAUGGUGAGUUUGGAAAGAUUCCCGGACCUAAGUUCAAAUUUUCUAAAGAGAAACCCGGCGAUGGUUGGUCGCUGGUAUCUGAGAUUCGAAAAAGGAUGACGGACAAGGUUUACGAUGCCAAUGUCAAUGAGUUAUUUAGUCUAUACAACGCAGAUCCAUUGAAUGCCUACAAGAGUUUGGAUAAUGUAUGGGAAAAAUUCCAGAAUCUUUUCGUCUGCUUAAAGCCUUUAAUUACGUACGAACCGGUCUGGAGACAGUAUUACCGAGAUUCAUUGCAACAGUUUUACGACGAUCACGUACACUACCUGGAAUUUAGAGGAUCGCUUCCAGCGGUUUACGACUUGGAGGGAAAAAUUUAUUCCCGUGAAGAAAUUGUUCAGAUGUACUACGAUGACACGGAAUUAUUCAAGCAGACUCAUCCGAAAUUUAUUGGCGUCAAGCUCAUCUACGCUCCAGCGCGCUUCAUGAAUGACGCAGGGUUGCAGAAGAUUUUGCAAACUACUAGGCAACUGCAUUCGAAAUUCCCACGUUUCCUAGCUGGAUUCGAUCUGGUCGGACAGGAAGAUCCGGGUAGGGCACUGUUUGAGUUUGCUCCAGCCCUGUUGGAACUUCCAAAAUCGAUCAAUUUCUUUUUCCACGCCGGAGAAACCAACUGGUUCGGCAUGAAGACCGAUGAAAACUUGAUCGAUGCUGUUCUGCUGGGGUCCAAACGAAUUGGUCAUGGAUUUGCCGCUCUCAAACAUCCCAACGUACUGAAGGAGAUCAAGCACCGACAGAUUUGCAUUGAAAUCAAUCCAAUCUCCAACCAGAUUCUGAAGCUGGUCCAAGAUCAACGGAACCACCCGGCGGCCCUGCUCUUCUCAGACAACUAUCCGGUUGUGGUUUCUUCGGAUGAUCCAUCCUUUUGGAGGGCUACUCCACUGAGCCAUGAUUUCUAUGUGGCUUUCAUCGGAAUCGCUUCGGCUCGUCAGGAUUUGCGACUGUUGAAGCAGCUGGCGCUGAAUUCAAUCGAGUACAGUGCCAUGAAUCGACAAGAGAAGAUUGAAGCCCAGGACAAGUGGAAUCGAGCGUGGCGUGAAGAUAUACAUUUGCUGGCUUUGGAUAUUGCGGCUGGUGAACUGCAAUGAUUACGGCUAGAAGCAUGUUGCAAGGAGUUAUAAUGAUUCAUCUUGAUGUGAAG